CCCGAGGAAAAUAGUAAGAGAGGAAUCACGGAAACUCCCUUUACCGGAUGCAAGUGUCAUUCUCUUAUCUUCCAGACAGCACUAUCCACGAUCUCAAAAGCCACGAACUCCCAAGCAUUCAUCAUGUUGAAAAAAAAGAAAGAUAGGGUUAGGGAGGGAGAAACAGGGAGAACAAGAAAAAGAAAGAGAUAACGAGAAACUACAAUUUCAGGAAAGAUAGGAGUUUAAGAAGUUUUAUCUUGUCGUGGAUUUUAAGAAAGUAAUUUAUUUAAACAAAAAAAUGCCGAUUUUUGCUACUGCACCAUUACCUGAUGCAUUUUCAAUACCUCAACCUGGAAUCCCACAACCCGGGAUAGUACCUGGGAUACCACAACCCGGGAUGACAUCUGGGAUACCACAACCCGGGAUGACAUCUGGGAUACCACAAUCCGGGAUGACAUCUGGGAUACCACAACCCGGGAUGGCACCUGAGAUGCCACAACCCGGGACGGCACCUGGGAUAUCACAACCCGGGAUGGCAUCUGGGAUACCACAACCUGGGAUGGCACCUGGGAUACCACAACCCGGGAUGGCANCUGGGAUACCACAACCCGGGAUGACAUCUGGGAUACCACAAUCCGGGAUGACAUCUGGGAUACCACAACCCGGGAUGGCACCUGGGAUACCACGAUCCGGGAUAGCACCUGGGAUAUCACAACCCGGGAUGGCAUCUGGGAUAUCACAACCCGGGAUGGCAUCUGGGAUACCACAACCUGGGAUGGCACCUGGGAUACCACAACCCGGGAUGGCACCCAGGAUACCACGAUCCAGGAUGGCACCUGGGAUAUCACGACCUGCACCACCACCGUAUGGGAUAUCAAUGCCAGGACCUGAAGCACCACAAUCAAUGAUGCCACAAGAUGGUUGGUCACCGCGGAAUACGACUUGUCCACCCGGCUUGGAAUACCUUAUAGUCCUUGAUCGUCUGUACAUACGGCAACAACUUGAACUAUUGGAAGUUGUUGUUGGAUGGGAGACUGAGAACAAAUACUUUGUAACGAAUACUAAUGGCCAGCCACUGUUUUAUAUCAUGGAAGAGUCAAAUAUAUGCGCGCGUCUGUGCCUGGGUACUCUACGUAAUUGUGUAUUACACGUGGACGACACCAAUCACAGGGAAGUCCUACGUAUGGUUCGACCCUGCAGGUGUUCAGGUUGCUGUUGCUUUUGUUGCAUGCAGAUGCUAGAGGUGUAUUCUGGAGAAAUGCUUCUCGGCUCUGUAAUAGAAGAUUGCCAUAUUUUUAGGCCUUCGUUUUCUAUUCGCGAUGCAUCUGGGGAAACAGUUUUAAAGAUUACGGGACCAUACUUUAGAUUUUGCGGAAACGCGACAUAUAAGAUAAAGUCUGCUGAUGGGCUACAUAGAGUUGGAGAAAUUAAAAAGAAAUGGAGUGGUUUUACUACAGAAAUUUUUACAGACGCUGAUAAUUUCAGCCUACAUUUUCCUGUGGAUUUAGAUGUUAAAAUUAAAGCUGUUUUACUCGGUGCCUGUAUUCUCAUUGAUUUCAUGUAUUUCGAAGGAAGCACCAAAAGGAACUCUAUAUAGAAUUUGUAAAAUGCUUAAAGGAAUAUUUACUGAUCUGAAAUGAAUAGUUUAUUGUUGCGCUCUAUUAUAAUAUAAGGUAAACAGCUUGCAAUGAAGAAUCACUGUUGUUGAAAGCUGUCAACUUUACCUGAACUUUCUCAGCUUAAAAUUUCUCAUAUUUUUUAUAUCAAAUUAUUAAUGAAUACGUGUAAUACUGUUAACAAAUAUGAUGUACUAGUACUAUUAAGCUAUCAGCAUCAUUGCUAUUUCUGUAUUCAAUGUUGGAACGAAUUUAUCGUAUAUUUUUAUAUGUGUAUAUAUAUUGCUCAUCUUCCUAUAAAGGGUAUGUUCAGAAGUUUUCGAACAAAUACGUUUUACGACUUUUAUUACAAGAUUUUCGCAAUAUUUCUAAUAUAACACGAACACGAAUUAUUAGGUUAUAAGUUUUUAAUUUACUUUGAUGCAAAUAUAUGUACACAGUAUACAAAUAUUAUACAGGGUAUUUUUGAAAUUAUGAUAUAACCAGAAAGGAGUUGAUUCCUCAUGUAAAAGUAAGUUGAAAAUAUAGAAUGAAAUUUGUUCAUAUUUGCCUAUUUCACUCAAUCUGGUCAGUUGCCGUUACUUUUACUCAUUUUUAUGAAUAUCAAUCGGGAUUUAGUAUAAUUGUAACUAAUAUAAUUACUUUUAAUGACUUAUUUAAUUUAAUAGUUUAUAAAUUAUUGAAAAUGUCUUUGUAUCACAGAUAGAUAUUAUGUACUUCCUUGGCGAAUUAAAGAAGCAUGGACUGAUGACAAUAUGUUAAUUCCUAUAUCUCACAUUUCAUAUUUUUAAUUGGAUAACCCCGCAUUAAUGAAUAUUCAAACUCGAUUUUCUCGAAGACGGAGCUCUAUACGAAAAUAUUUUAAUUAUUCAUUAUCAUAUUAUUUAUUAUCAUAUUUCCGAUUUAGUUCUACAUAAGGAAUCACCUGCUUUCUGUUUAUACUACUAUUUCGGAAACACUGUAUAUACAUAAGUUUUUAUAAUUGCGGGUUAUAUAUACUCUUUUUAUAUUUUUGUGCAUUUGUAUAUGUAAGGGCAUUAAAUAUUUGAACUGCCUUAAUAUUUAUCAGACAAAUGUAAUUACUCAUCAUAAAUAAUGUUAAUCUUUUUGAUAAAAGACUUAAUUCUGUUGUAUGAUUAAAAGAUCACCUAAUUGUCAUUUAAAGAUAUCAGAAGGAAUCAAGUUAAAUAAAGAAGGAGAAUUAUUGUGUAUGUUCUUUAUUCGUGUUUUAAAUUCACAUCUUCAUACAUCUGAUAGUGGAGCUGUUACCGCCUCAGCUGCAGCACAUAGUAUGCUAUAUUUGUCGCAGAUGUUCUUGGUUUUAGUAAAAAAUGAGAAUGGAAAAACAAUAUGUGUGUAACAUCCUUUCCUACACACGUUAGAAAACGGCCACCGAGAUGCUGCAGAUAUUGCACUCGUUGCGUUUUUUUAACACAUCAAGGACCGGAUUCACGCGCUAAAUUUAGGUUUCAAAAUGGAGACUUCACACUUCUUUGUCAUAUCUUCCAGUUUUUUUAACGCUCGAGAAUCUUCUCUUAUUAUUUUUCGCAGUUUUUAUA